AUGGCCCCCCAAGCACCCGAAGACGCGAAACGGAUAGCCGAGGCGCAGAAGCUGGCCAAGACGGAUCCCAAGCAAGCAGAGAGCCUAUACCGCGACGUGCUGUCCAAGGACCCCGGCAGCAACGAUGCGGCAGUCAAGAACUUUGAGGUGGCGCUCGUCGGCCUGGGCGAGCUGUACCGCGAGCACAAGAAGGUGAACGAGCUGGCGGAGCUGAUCCGCCAGACGCGCUCGGUGCUGUCGACGUUUGCGAGGGCAAAGACCGCAAAGCUCGUGCGCCAGCUGCUCGACUUCUUCGCCGCCAUCCCCAACACGCUCGAGGCCCAGAUCUCCGUCACCAAGGAAUGCAUAGAGUGGGCCGUGUCGGAGAAGCGGGGCUUCCUGCGCCAGAACCUCGAGACGCGGCUGGUGUCGCUGUACAUGCAGAAGCAGGCGUACUACGACGCCCUGACGCUGAUCAACAGCCUGCUCAAGGAGCUCAAGCGCCUCGACGACAAGCUCGUCCUCGUCGAGGUCCAGCUGCUAGAAUCCCGCGUCUACCACGCGCUGGGCAACGUGCCCAAGGGCCGCGCCGCGCUGACGUCGGCCCGCACCUCGGCCGCCUCGGUCUACACGCCGCCGCUGCUGCAAGCCGGCCUCGACAUGCAGAGCGGCAUGCUGCACGCCGAAGACAAGGACUUCAACACGGCCUUUUCCUACUUCAUCGAGGCCAUGGAGGGCUACCACUCGCAGGACGACGCCGCAAAGACCACCGCCGCCCUGCAGUACAUGCUGCUCUGCAAAAUCAUGCUCAACCUCGGCGACGACGUGACCAACCUCAUGGCCUCCAAGCAGGCCCUCCGCUACGCCGGCAAGAACCUCGACGCCAUGAAGGCCGUCGCCCGCGCUCACACGAACCGCUCCCUCGAGGAGUACGAAAAGUCCCUUUCCGACUUCCGCUACGAACUCGGCUCCGACCGCUUCAUCGCCUCCCACCUCCGUCGCCUCUACGACGCCAUGCUCGAGCAGAACCUCAUCAAGGUCAUCGAGCCCUACUCCCGCGUCGAGCUCGCCCACAUCGCAAAGAUGGUCGGCCUCGAUACCACCCAGGUCGAGCGCAAGCUCUCCCAGAUGAUCCUCGACAAGGUCAUUGUCGGCGUCCUCGACCAGGGCGCCGGCUGCCUCAUCGUCUUCGACGAGUCUGAGCGCGACUCCGGCUAUGAUGCCGCGCUCUCGACUAUCGAGAAGCUGCAUAAUGUCGUCGAUGUCUUGUACACGAACCAGGCUAGCUUGCUCGAGUAG